UCCUCUAUAUUAAUUCUUCCACCCAUGCAAUAGAGAGGGAAUGGGAAAAGAAGGGUUACUUUUAUUUUCAUUUUUCCCUUAAAAGAUAGACUUUGAAAUAGGAGUCUUGGAAUAAUGCUGAAUUCAAAGGUUUAUUUCUUUCUAUAGUAUAAGAAAGAAAAAAAAUUUAUUUCUAUUUCUAUAGUAUAAGAAAAACAAAUAGUAUAAGAAAAACAAAUCGAAUCAAAUUCAUGGAUUUACCACGACCUCGGUUGUGACUCCAUAGAUAAAAAUGGGAAAUUUCUCUCUUCGAGACCAUUGAAAAAGGGCAUUGAACGAGAAAGAAAUCGUCCACAGAUGAUAAAACUAUCAUAUGCCUUGGAAAGUGAUAUGAGGUGCUCGGAAAUGGUUGAAGUAAUUGAAUAGGAGGAUCACUAUGACUAUAGCCCUUGGUAGAAUUCCUAAAGAAGAAAAUGAUCUAUUUGAUACUAUGGAUGACUGGUUACGAAGGGACCGUUUCGUUUUUGUAGGAUGGUCUGGCCUAUUGCUCUUUCCUUGUGCUUAUUUCGCUUUAGGGGGUUGGUUUACAGGGACAACUUUUGUAACUUCUUGGUAUACCCAUGGAUUGGCUAGUUCCUAUUUGGAAGGUUGUAAUUUCUUAACCGCAGCAGUUUCUACCCCUGCCAAUAGUUUAGCACACUCUUUGUUGCUACUAUGGGGGCCCGAAGCACAAGGAGAUUUUACUCGUUGGUGUCAAUUAGGCGGUCUAUGGACUUUUGUAGCUCUCCACGGGGCUUUUGCACUAAUAGGUUUCAUGUUACGCCAAUUUGAACUUGCUCGGUCUGUUCAAUUGCGGCCUUAUAAUGCAAUCUCAUUCUCUGGUCCAAUUGCUGUUUUUGUUUCUGUAUUCCUUAUUUAUCCACUGGGGCAAUCUGGUUGGUUCUUUGCGCCGAGUUUUGGCGUAGCAGCGAUAUUUCGAUUCAUCCUUUUCUUUCAAGGAUUUCAUAAUUGGACGUUGAACCCAUUUCAUAUGAUGGGAGUUGCCGGAGUAUUAGGUGCGGCUCUGCUAUGCGCUAUUCAUGGAGCGACCGUAGAAAACACUCUAUUUGAGGACGGUGAUGGUGCAAAUACCUUCCGUGCUUUUAACCCAACUCAAGCUGAAGAAACUUAUUCAAUGGUCACUGCUAACCGCUUUUGGUCCCAAAUCUUUGGUGUUGCUUUUUCCAAUAAACGUUGGUUACAUUUCUUUAUGCUAUUUGUACCCGUCACCGGUUUAUGGAUGAGUGCUAUUGGCGUAGUUGGCUUGGCUCUGAACUUACGUGCCUAUGACUUUGUUUCCCAGGAAAUCCGUGCAGCGGAAGAUCCUGAAUUUGAGACUUUCUACACCAAAAAUAUUCUUUUAAACGAGGGUAUUCGUGCGUGGAUGGCAGCUCAGGAUCAGCCUCAUGAAAAUCUUAUAUUCCCUGAGGAGGUUCUACCACGUGGAAACGCUCUUUAAUGGAACUUUCGUUUUAGCUGGUCGUGACCAAGAAACCACCGGCUUUGCUUGGUGGGCUGGGAAUGCCAGACUUAUCAAUUUGUCCGGUAAACUACUUGGAGCUCAUGUAGCCCAUGCCGGAUUAAUCGUAUUCUGGGCCGGAGCAAUGAACCUAUUUGAAGUGGCCCAUUUCGUACCAGAAAAGCCCAUGUAUGAACAAGGGUUGAUUUUACUUCCACACUUAGCUACUCUAGGUUGGGGAGUAGGGCCAGGGGGAAGUUCUAGAUACUUUUCCGUACUUUGUAUCUGGCGUACUUCACCUAAUUUCCUCCGCAGUCUUAGGCUUCGGUGGCAUUUAUCACGCGCUUCUGGGACCCGAGACUCUUGAGGAAUCUUUUCCAUUCUUUGGUUAUGUCUGGAAAGAUAGAAAUAAAAUGACUACAAUUUUGGGUAUUCACUUAAUUUUGUUAGGUCUAGGUGCUUUUCUUCUAGUACUCAAGGCUCUUUAUUUUGGCGGUGUAUAUGAUACCUGGGCCCCUGGGGGGGGAGAUGUAAGAAAAAUUACCAAUUUGACCCUUAGUCCCAGUGUUAUAUUUGGUUAU